CUCUCUCUCCUUUCCCUCCCCCACCUCCUUUGAUCAUCACUGAGCGGGAUCUGGAGUCUGGGAAGCGCUCAAGAGAGCCUUGGAACACAACUACUUGAAGUCAAAGUCUCCCAGGUACCGAGAGGCACAAGCUUCCAUCCGCCCCAAACCACAGCGGUCCUCCAGGACCAUAGAGAGCAGCGCGAAUAGAGCUACCCGCUCUAACUCCUCCGAGGAGCAGCGAGACGAGCGAAGGGUCAGAGCGGCCGGAAGUGAGUCUAGCAGGGGUUGUGCUGGCCGUGCUGGCAUUGUGUUUCCCCCCGUGGUAUUUCCUUCUAGGCAUCGGGAAAGACCAGGCCCCAGAUGGACCCUGGGAAGGACGAGGAAAUUCGGCCACAGCCCUCAGGACCACCCACCAGGAGGAAGUUUGUUAUCCCACUGGAGGAAGACGAGGUGCCUUCUGCAGGGGUCAAGCCCUUAUUCAGAUCGUCACGGAAUCCCACCGCCCCAGCAACCGCAGCCCACGUGGCCCCUCAGACGUAUGCUGAGUACGCCAUCACCCAGCCUCCAGGAGGGGCUGGGGCCACAGUGCCCACAGGCUCUGAACCUGCGACAGGAGAGAACCCCAGCCAGACCCUGAAAACAGGAGCAAAGUCUAAUAGCAUCAUCGUGAGCCCGAGGCAGAGGGGCAACCCCGUGUUGAAGUUUGUGCGAAAUGUGCCCUGGGAAUUUGGUGAGGUGAUUCCCGAUUAUGUGCUGGGCCAGAGCACCUGCGCCCUUUUCCUCAGCCUCCGCUACCAUAACCUCCAUCCAGACUACAUCCAUGAGCGGCUGCAGAGCCUGGGGAAGAACUUCGCCCUGCGUGUGCUGCUGGUCCAAGUGGAUGUGAAAGAUCCCCAGCAGGCUCUCAAGGAGCUGGCUAAGAUGUGCAUCUUGGCUGACUGCACCCUGAUCCUGGCCUGGAGUGCAGAGGAAGCAGGGCGGUACCUGGAGACCUACAAGGCGUAUGAGCAGAAACCAGCCGACCUCCUUAUGGAAAAGCUGGAGCAGAACUUCCUAUCACGGGCCACUGAGUGUCUGACCACCGUGAAAUCUGUGAACAAGACCGACAGCCAGACCCUCCUGGCUACAUUUGGAUCCCUGGAACAGCUCUUCACCGCAUCAAGGGAGGAUCUAGCUUUAUGCCCAGGCCUGGGCCCACAGAAGGCCCGCAGGCUUUUUGAAGUACUACAUGAACCCUUCCUCAAAGUGCCUCGAUGACCUGCUGCCACCGAGGCCCAGUGUCACAAUAAAGCAUUUUUCAUGCCCAGGC